GAGGGGAUGCACGGGGUUUGAGGGCGUGCGGAGAAGCCUUGGGGGUUGAGAGGUAUCCUGGGAAGAUGUUGGGGUCCAGCCUGCCAGGCAGGGGAUGGGAAGGCAAGGGGCCCUUGCCACAGAGACGUGUUAAGGGGAAUGAGUGGGCUUGGUUCGGAAAGAGCAGGCCCUUGGUCUAGGUGUGUGGAAGAGAGUGAGGAAGACCCAGGAUUCUGAGAGAGGGAGUGCUCUCAGGAGAAGGGUCGAGGUCUCAGCAGCUGGGUGUGUUUGCAUGAUGCAGGGUGGGUGCUGUUGUCCGUUGGCCUGGGGCAGGUUUCAGGGUGCAGGUGGGGUCAGAGUGGCUGCUGGGGCCAGAGGUCAGUGCAGGAGUUCUGGAGAGCGCAGCUGUGGAGUGCUGUUCUCCUUAUCCCCCAGCAAAAGUAGGAGUAAGGGCGUCCAAAGCCUUGGCAGGCCCUCCCUUUCUGUGGCAGAGGUGCUGGGGCUCAGCUUGUCUGAGUACCCGCUUUUCCUGGCCUCCACACCCCCUGUUAUCUUGCCUAAAACCGGGUCUCUCUUGUGGGUCUUCGUUUCUAUCCCCACCCCACAAUUUGGAAUUCGACCCCCCCCCCCCGCCCCGCACCCAUGAAACCAGGGCUGCACAGCUGUGGCAGCAGAACUUUUUAACUCCUCAGGAGGUCAGUAGGGAUGAUAACAUCAGUCCUCUGGGAUUUUCCUGAGCCCAUCCCUAAGUUAAUUUAUAAAGGGUCCUCAUUGUGCACAGCGGCCCCUCCCUCUUGGCUCAUCUGUAUUCUUUGCAUCUUUAGGCAGAUCUCAUGUUUACUUGGAUCCACAGGCCGUGGUCUGGAGAAGCACAUACGUCUACACCUGACCAACCAGAGAUAGUCAGCAGUAGCUCAAUUUCAAUUUAAAGAAAUUCUGUUCGGUACAAGGGUGGGAAAGCAUGUAAAUCAUGGUGCUUCUGCUUGAUUUUCAGCUGGUUCUGACCUUUCAGAAAGGCUGAUCGUUAGAAAUUCAGGUGUUGGGGGAUGGAUUGUAUGUAAAGCAGUAGCCCUGACCAUUCAAGAGUUUAAUUAAUGGACUAUUGGGAAAAUGUCAGAGUUAUACUGUUACAUCUGCUCUCCAUCUAAAUAAAAAGUUCAGAAGAUAACGUUUGAGUAAAAUCUAUCAUCUCAUCUCUCUACCUACCUACCUACCUAGGCACAGGUGUAGUGGUUCGAUUACUUGAGGUGGAGGGUGCUGCCAUGGUCCAGGGGUGUGCCCAAGCCAGGACCAGAAGAAAUGUAAACAGUGUCAGGCUUAUAGAUCGCUUUUUACGGAUUCACUUUAUUGAUGGUGGUUCCAGACUGUGGGCCAGAGUUAGUGUUUGUGGCUACUUGGCGCAGACCUGAAUUAAUACAGCUGUUCUGUGUGUGGUGUGUAUGUGUGCACACUGAAUAGUACACCUGUGUCUUAGUUGGAGCCCAGGACUGAGACCACGAGAGCAGGUUUAUGCUGUCAGUAGUUUGUCAGGGUGUCUCCGUGCUUCAGGAACACCAAAGAUCUCCGUCAGUGGACGGCCAAAAAUAGAUGAGAAUGAUGGGAAAAGUUUCUUUUAGCCUGUGAAACUAGUUUAGCAUGAUUAAGGUGGAUUUGGUUCUCAGAUGAAUUGAAAUGUCAUUCUUGAAAGACACCUGCAACUUUGUGAUGAAAGGUUAGAUCUAACAGCCCCUUAAGAGCAGGGACAGUAACAGAUGCGUAAUUAAGUUCCCACUUAGAGUAUUGUUUGGUAAGUGAUUUUUUCAUGUGUCUAGUGACCUGGUUCCUCCUCAUGGUGUGUGCACUGCAAGGGUCCCAGGGGCGUGUCAUGUUGGCAUGUGCAGAGAUACAGACACAGGAGGGAUUGCUUGUGGCUGACAGGGCUGAGGGACAGCGACUUUUGUGGCAAAGUGGCCAUGAGCGGCGGGACACCACAGCCAAGGGGCCUUGACCUUAACCAGCAGGCAUUCCUGCUGAGGCCACUGUUGCAGCCUGCCCAGCAGUUUUCAUGAAAAGUCACUCGCUGCAGAAAUGUUUUCCAGUGUGUCUCGGGUCUGGCCCCAGGUGGAAGGAGGGCCCGGCAGCAUGGGCCUUAGGCUUCAGAAGGCUGCCCUCUAGACUAGUCCUCGGGUUUCACUUUGCACACCCUGGCCUCUUUAGCACUCCGGAAAGCCUGUGAUCUCCAGCAUUUGUAUAGCUGGGACCUCUUAACCUGGUGGCUGAUGCAGGGAGAGAGAGGGUGAGGUUAGCAGGAAUGGUUGUAGGCUCCUUGAGGGUGUGGUGGGGGGCCCUGAGGACCAGGCAGAGAGUCAGUCUGUCUGAGCCUUGUGUCCAGGAUGAUCUGAUCCUCAUAUCCAUGCUGGCUUGGGCGACACCAGCAGCAAAACCCUUGAAUCUAUGACCUCUAUGAGGGGAGGGGUGUUUCCUUCAGUUUACGGAAUUCAGUCACAUGAGCUCUGUGCUUCCUUGGCUAAAACGUGUGACUGGAUUUGGAUUUGAUUUUUUCUUGUGCCUUCUUGGUUUCUUAAAGUACCUGACGGCCACCUGCUGUCAGAUGCUUUCUCACACUGACGGUCAGGAUGCCCUGUGCUUUUGCAGGUAUCCUCCAGUCACUCAGCCCGUGACGUUGGAGGUGACCCCCAAGUCACGGCUUUUUUGUGUGAGUUGAGAGAGGAACACCUUACUGUGGGUUACACACUGCACGUUGUGCUGAGUGUGAAGGGGUGGUGGACAGAAAACAUACCCGCUGUUGGCCUAGAGAAGGUGGGACUUGAAAGUGAACAUUGUUGUGGGAGCAGCCAAGACAGACUGCCCGUGGACGGGGGAGUGUAGUGCCUUCAGUGACUGAGUGUCUUGGCAUGGUGAGGGGCUGCUCCCCGGUUAGGUCUUGCUCUGGUUUACACAGCUGGUCAGCACUGAAGCCCUCUUCUUCCUCAGCCUCCUGCCGGCUCAGGUUCAGCAGAGAUGGGGUCUCAGACUAUUGAAAUUCCUGUGAGUCUGUCACAGGAGGGCCCUUGAGAGGAGGCUGCACUCUGCUCUGGGCAUUUGCUUCUGGUCUCAAGAGGCAUUCAUGUAGCCUUGAGGGUUUCCAGAAGCUGUUUUCAUGGGGAGCCAUCCUGUGGCCAAAUUAUGUCUCGACUGCAUGUUUAAGCUGAAUUUCAGGCUUUGGGGUGGGGGGUUUCACUGCCAAGUCUUGUCUCAGAACGCCUCUAAGGCUGUGUGGCCAUGGACCCACCUUUCCUAAUCCUUAUCCUUUGAUGGUUUCAACAGGACAGACUGACCCCCAGGACGCACGGUGCUGAUGUGCCAGGUGCAGUGUGCUGUGCACUGACACGCGGAGCCCAUGAUGACUGCCCCAGAGCAGGGCUUCCCCCUGGACCUUGGCGCGAGCUUCACUGAAGAUGCGCCCAGGCCCCCUGUGCCGGGUGAGGAGGGAGAGUUGGUGUCCACUGACCCGAGGCCAGUCAGCAAUACUUUCUGCUUGGGGAAAGGUGCCAGGCCCAAAGGGGAGACGACGUCCACAGCCACUCCGCGGCGCUCCGACCUGGACCUGGGCUAUGAGCCUGAAGGCAGCGCCUCGCCCACACCUCCGUACCUGAAGUGGGCUGAGUCACUACACUCCCUACUGGAUGACCAGGAUGGGAUACACCUGUUCAGGACUUUCCUGAAGCAGGAGGACUGUGCUGACCUGCUAGACUUCUGGUUUGCCUGCAGUGGCUUCCGGAAGCUGGAGCCCUGUGACUCCAAUGAGGAGAAGAGGCUGAAGCUGGCCAAGGCCAUCUAUAGGAAGUACAUCCUGGACAGCAAUGGGAUCGUGUCCCGGCAGACGAAGCCAGCCACCAAGAGCUUCAUCAAGGACUGCAUCAUGAGGCAGCAGAUCGACCCCGCCACCUUCGACCAGGCCCAGACGGAGGUCCAGUCCACCAUGGAGGAGAACACCUACCCUUCAUUCCUCAAGUCUGACAUUUAUCUGGAAUACACGCAGACAGGCUCCGAGAGCCCCAAGGUCUGCAGUGACCAGAGCUCGGGGUCGGGGACAGGGAAGGGCGUGUCUGGGUACCUGCCUACCUUGAAUGAGGAUGAGGAGUGGAUGUGCGACCAGGACGUGGAGAUCGAGGACUCCAGGGGCACCGCCCCCUCCAGCAGACUUACCCAGAAGCUGCUCAUGGAGACGGCCGCCCAGCGCACCUCCUCAUGCCGGCGGAGCAGUGAAGGCAGGGAGCUCAGGCAUGGAUCCUGGCGGGAGCCGGUCAACCCCUACUAUGUCAACUCUGGCUAUGCCUUGGCCCCAGCCACAAGUGCCAAUGACAGCGAGCAGCAGAGCCUGUCGAGCGAUGCCGACACCCUGUCCCUCACUGACAGCAGUGUGGAUGGCGUCCCCCCGUACAGGAUCCGCAAGCAGCAUCGCCGGGAGAUGCAGGAGAGCGUCCAGGUCAACGGACGGGUGCCUCUGCCUCACAUCCCUCGCACUUACCGGAUGCCAAAGGAGGUCCGUGUGGAGCCACACAAGUUCGCUGCUGAGCUCAUCCACCGCCUGGAGGCCGUGCAGCGCACGCGGGAGGCUGAGGAACAGCUGGAGGAGCGGCUGCGGCGUGUGCGGAUGGAGGAGGAGGGUGAAGACGUGGAUGCAGUCCCUGGCAGCCUGGGGAUGGGCCACAAACUGCCUCCUGCCCAGGCCUGGCACCACUUCCCGCCACGCUAUGCAGACGCAGGCUGUGCCGGGCCACGGGACACACAUGACGAGGACCCUGAGAGCAUCCUGGAUGAGCACGUGCAGCGUGUCCUGCGCACGCCUGGCCGCCAGUCUCCUGGGCCUGGUCACCGCUCCCCUGACAGUGGGCAUGCAACCAGGCUGCCUGCAGUGUUGGGUGGAGUGGCCGGGCACGGCAAACACACAACCAAGGCAGGUGCAAAGGUGGACGCAGCUGGCCUAUACCACCAUAGGCAUGUCCACCACCAUGUGCACCACAGCAUGGUGAAGCCCAAGGAGCAGAUCGAGGCAGAGGCUGCCCACCGAGUCCAGAGCAGCUUCCCGUGGAGCCCAGAGCUGCACGGCUACACUACAAAACCUCGCGGCUUCUCUGAGAGUGUGGGUGCCGCCCCCACCGCUACCGACAGCCUGGGCUAUAGCGGAAAGGCAAGUGCGUCCUCUAAGAGGAUAGCCAAGAAAGCUGAGGCUAGCCGGGGCGUGGCCACCUCGGAGGUGCCUGGCUCGCCUGAGGGUGCGGAGAAGAUGCAGACGAUCCUGCAGUGGAUCAUCGAAGGGGAGAAGGAGAUCAGCAGGCACAAGAAAGCCGGCCACGGGCCUUCCGGGGCCAAGAGGCAGCAGGCCCACGAGAGUGCCAGGCCCCUGUCCAUCGAACGCCCUGGCACUGUGCACCCCUGGGUCAGUGCCCAGCUUCGGAACUCCAUCCAGCCCUCCCACCUCUUCAUCCAAGACCCCACUAUGCCCCCGAAUCCUGCACCCAACCCCCUGACCCAGCUGGAGGAGGCCCGCAGGCGUCUGGAGGAAGAGGAGAAGCGAACCAGCAAACUGCUCGCCAAGCAGAGGACGAAGUCACAGAAGAAGGCGGGCGGCGUGAGUGCCCCGCCGUGCGAUAGCAUUGUCGUGGCCUACUACUUCUGUGGGGAGCCAAUUCCCUACCGGACCCUGGUGAAAGGCCGUGGGGUCACCCUGGGCCAGUUCAAGGAGCUGCUGACCAAGAAGGGCAGUUACAGAUACUACUUCAAGAAAGUGAGUGAUGAGUUUGACUGUGGUGUAGUGUUUGAAGAGGUGCGGGAGGACCAGGCCAUUCUGCCUGUCUUUGAGGAAAAGAUAAUCGGCAAGGUGGAGAAGGUGGACUGAGCACAGGCGCUGGCCCUGGGCAGGUAGUCCACACACAACACGCUACCACCACACAGGAAACAGCACUCCCUCAGACAUGGCAGCCACACCCUGACCCACCUGUGUCUGGGGUGGGGUCCCUCUGAGGGCCCCCAUAGGCCUCUGUGUGGCUGCCAAGGAGGGAGGCCCGCCCCAUUGCCAUAGCAAUAGUGAGGGCUGGCCCAGCAGGGUGACCCAAUGCCCUGGCCAGCCCCAUUGGUCCCUCUGCUGCUAAUGGGCCCUGCCUGACCCUGGAGGCCUUGCCUGGGGCAUGGGCUUGCCCUGGGGUGUCUGCUCCCCACUGGGACCCCUGCUCAUAGGCCCAUCAUUUGUACAUGUCACUGAGUGCCUUUAACACAGCCUGUCCCUUGCCUGCCACUGUGUCAAUCUGCAGUGGGACCGUUGCCCAGGGAUGGCCAUCCCACAAGCCCCCGCACCCCAUGUAAAUAUGUACAUUUCUCAGGCAGGGCCAACAGGCAGCUGCCCGUGUUGUUCUCAUGCGCUGACUUGUACAAUGGUCUUUUCAAAGGUACUUGGUUAAUGAUGAAAUAAAACAUUUGUAAACCUUGCCUAGGGGUGUUCUGU